GUCACAUGAACUGCAUACCUCCACGCAAGGGACACUCUCACACUCUCUCCUGAACCGCCGCUCUCCCGAGGCUCAGCAAUGCUUCCAGUUGUCGGUGCCUCCUUGGGUGGCGGCGUGUCAUUGGCGGGGAACAAGCGGAAGGAACCGUCCACGCCUGUCCCCGUACAAGACCCCGGAGAUGUGAUGAGGGUCACCCCAUUGGGUGCUGGGCAGGAAGUCGGGAGGAGUUGCCUGUUACUGGAAUAUAAGGGCAAAACAAUCAUGCUGGACUGCGGGUUACAUCCUGCAAACAGUGGAUUUUCGGCAUUGCCUUUCCUGGAUGAAGUGGAUCCGUCAACGGUGGAUGUGCUGUUGAUUAGCCACUUCCACGUUGAUCACGCUGCAGGUUUGCCGUACUUCAUGGAAAAGACCACGUUCAAAGGUCGCGUCUUUAUGACCCAUCCGACAAAAGCCAUCUACAAAUGGCUGCUGUCUGAUUAUGUGAAAAUAAGCAACCUCUCGGCGGAAGACCAACUCUACGAUGAACAAGAUCUCCAACGAAGUUACGAAAAGAUCGAAGUGGUCGACUACCACCAAGAGAUGGACGUCGAAGGCAUCAAGUUUACACCCUAUAACGCCGGCCACGUCCUCGGUGCCGCCAUGUUCCUGAUCGAGAUUGCUGGUGUCCGCGUGCUUUACACCGGCGACUAUUCUCGGGAAGAAGACCGGCAUCUGAUGGCUGCUGAGCGGCCACCGAAUGUGACUCCAGAGGUCCUCAUCUGUGAAUCGACGUACGGCGUGCAAUCUCACGAGCCGCGCGUUGAGCGUGAAGCGAGAUUCACGCGCAUGGUGCAUAACGUCGUCCAGCGCGGCGGGCGAUGUCUGCUCCCCGUCUUCGCCCUCGGACGUGCACAGGAACUGCUAUUGAUCCUAGACGAGUACUGGCAAGCUCACGCGGAACUCCACAACGUGCCGAUCUACUACGCAUCAAGUCUGGCCAAGAAGUGUAUGACGGUCUUCCAGACGUACACCAACAUGAUGAACGCGAGGAUCCGGCAGCAGGUCAAGAUCAGCAACCCGUUUCAGUUUAAACACAUCAGUAAUUUGAAGAGUAUGGCGCAUUUCGACGAUGUUGGGCCUUGUGUAAUGAUGGCUAGUCCGGGAAUGUUGCAGAAUGGACUGUCGCGAGAACUUUUCGAACUUUGGUGCGUCGAUGCAAGAAACGGAGUUAUCAUUCCCGGUUAUGUCGUGGAGGGGACGCUCGGCAAGCAAAUCUUGUCGCAACCAGAAGAGGUGCAAUCGAUGUCCGGCGCCAAGCUGCCUCUUCGAUUAUCUGUCGAAUAUAUAUCGUUCUCGGCACAUGUGGACUACAGGGAGAACUCAGCAUUCAUUGAGGAUGUCGGUGCGCCAAAUCUGAUCCUUGUACACGGUGACUCCAACGCUAUGGGUCGUCUGCGGAGCGCUCUGCAGAGCAAGUACGCCGAGCGAGAUGUCCAGUUGCACAUCCAUACGCCCAAGAACUGCGAGACGGUCGAGCUGUACUUUCGAGGUGAAAAGAUGGCGAAGACAAUCGGCCGCCUAGCCAAAAACCCACCCCAACCCAGCCAACUCGUCAGCGGCGUCCUCGUCUGUCGCGAUUUCACAUACCACCUCCUCGACCCCGAAGACCUACCCGAAUUCACGGACCUGACCCCCGCAUCCAUCACGCAACGCCAAUCGAUCCCGUGCCGUGCGCCGUUUGGGAUCGUGAAGUGGUAUCUGGAGAUGAUGUAUGGGCCGGUUGAGUUGACUGGCGCCAGGAGUUUUAGGGUCUUUGAUGUGGUGAAGGUAACGCAAUCGCCAAACCUGCGCGUGUACACACUUGAAUGGGAAGGAAGCGCAGUGAAUGACAUGAUCGCGGACUCUAUCGUUGCUGUCAUUCUGGAACGAGCCGGAACGAGUCCCGCUAGUGUCAAACUCACGAACUCCUCGUGCAGCCACUCACACGGAAGCCAAGACGGUGAAGAGGAGGAUAACGCCAAAAUCAAAGAGUUGGAUGACGAAGGCACUCCAAAACCCGAGCCAAGGGACGAGGACGAGGACUCCCAGGACACGAAAGAUGACCAGACCAACGUCGAUGUGCGAGCCAAAGAAGGAUUUGAGCAAGGAAGCCACGACACAGAAGCCGCGGAGUCCUCGCCGGUCCUCCAUCUUCCUGAACUCGCGUCGUCUAUCGAGCACGCUACCCGGAUCAUUUACAACCAGUUUGGAAAGGGAAAUGUGAACACUGUGGUGCACGAUACUUCAGAACCAUCGCAUCACGGGUCUUGGUCGCUAUUGUCCACUGCCGAGGACAAGAGCGAGGUUUUAGGAACCAGAAAUUCAGGACAGCGGCAGCUAACCGAUGCGACAGUAUCCUCCGCUGACGUCGGCAGCGGGGCGCUAGUGCCUUUGGUGGCUGAUUCGACUCAGCAUCCCACUAAGUCAACAGAUCAGUUGAUGUGGAACGUGGUGUCCUGGACUGUCUCGGUGGAUGGGGAAGCUGUUGUCGCGCAGGUGCUCGCGUCGUGGUAUGCGGCACCUGCUGGGAAUGAGAGUGGAGAGGAGAAGCUGGCGCAGGCGACGCAGAAGAAGCGGGUUAGGUGUUCUGUGACCGUCUCAAAAGUCCCCUCUCCACCCGCCCCAUCAACCACGCACGCAGCUCAAGAUGACAACCCUACCACACCCAAACCCACAUCACCAACCAAGGACGUAAAGCCGAGACUAUCACUGACAAGACGGGCAUCACAGCAUCGUUCAGCGUCUUCCGUAGCGUCAGAUGAGCUUGCGCGCCGCGUGCUGACCGUGGUGCAGAGAGCGUGGAGGGCUGUUCGCCCGGUGGGAGAGAUGUGGGCAUUGUGAGGGGUGGAAAUUUUAGCUUAUAGGCAGGUCCUGCUUCUUUUUUGGGUAUUCUACUUCAAAGGACUGCUUUGUGGAUAAAUGCAAUUGUGUGUGUGCGGUCAUCAAAUGCCAAUAUUGCAUCGCUUUGUUUCUGAUGUCGCAAAUGCAAUCCGUUUUCCUCAACAAAUGGCUGCAGAGUGUCCU